AUGCUCGACGUGUGCGUCCACGAGCUCGGGCGCGGCGAGCUGGAUGUGGCAGCGCUCGCUCGCCUGCAGCGUGUGGUGAGCCGCAGCGCAUUUGUGGCCAUCGACACGGAGAUGGGCGGCGUCUCGUGCCACGAGUGACACGCCGCGCCCAAGCGUCAUGGACUCCAUCGACGAGCGUUACGCCCAGUACUGCAAGAGCGCCAGGAAGUUCCCACUCGUGCAGUUUGGCCUCAGUAUCUUCAAUUGGGACGUCGAGGCGCGUGUCUUCCGCGUCGAGACGUACCAGUUCCCGCUCUUCCCGGUUUUCCACGAAAAAGUGACGGGUUUGGGCCAUAGUAGCGCUCCCGCCAGUAAGACAACAGCUACAGCCUGUCCGGACCGUCGAUUCCUGAUGCAGGCCAAGUGUCUGCAGUACAUCCGCGCGCACGGCUUCGACCUGAACGCGUGGAUCGACACAGGGAUCGGCCAUUUGUCCCACUACGAGCAGCAGCAAGAGCCGUGCAAAUCGGCGCUUGAGAAGUCCGCGCGACCUGAAAUUCUACGGAAAUGCGACCCCCAGCAACCAGCGCUUAUCACGGACGAGACGCAGUCGUUUCUGGACCAAUUAACAGCCAAAUUGAAGCAGAGACUGGCAGCUUUUGAUGAGGGAGGACGAGAGACAGCAAGUCGAGUAGGGGGCAUGCAGGAUAACGGGACAAGACGACGUGGACGUCGUGGGGGCAAGAAGAACAAGAAGAAGAACAAUGCACGCAACAAACGACGAGGAGACAACAGAGACCGAGUCACGACACCCGGGAAGGAGCCGAUGGAGCCGCCGCAUGCUGAAGAAGAUUUCGAGAGUGGAGCGAAGGAGGAGGAAGAAGGAGGAAGCUGUGGAUGACGAACAGGAGCUCGAGACGACGAGGCCUGAAGAGGAUGCGCAGGCUGAGGACGACAACGCUGAACCGGACGAGGACACUGUGGCUGCUAUGAAGCGGUUCCUAUUAACUCCAGUGGCUGUAGACCCGACG